AUGGCCUCGUCCUACGCCUUGCCAUCCUCCGCUCUGCCGCACGCCCACCAUCACCAUAUGCACUCCCACUCCCACUCACCGCCGUCCCUCCACGCAUUAAAGUCGACAAUGUCCAACGGCGGGCUGCACUCCCACAGCCAGAGCCAAGACUCGACCGGCAGUGGCCACGCACAUAACCACGAUCACCCACAUGGCCACAAUGGCCACGCCCACGGCGGUCAUUCACACUACCGAAGGAACUCGAGCCAGUCGUCUCUUCCUCGAGAAAGAGCGCCGCUCCAGUCCCUCGCUUCAAUGGACGGCUGGAAGACGGAUAUAACACCGAGCGGGCGCCAAUUGUUGACGCCUACGAAUGGGUCUUUUUCGGAGACGUUUCAACCUCUCGAUGGCGCGAUGACGAUAGACGAGCAUCACCAUGAUCACGAUCACGACCAUUCACACUCGCACAACCAUGCUCACGGCGAUUGUCAUAGUCACGACCACCAUGGCCAUUCGCACGCCCACAGCCACGCCCACUCCCAUUCUCAUGAUCAUGCGAAGCCGUCCUUGUUUACGAGGAUCCUCCUGCAAUAUACGCCGGCCGUUCCGGUUCUCCACACUAUUCUCGUUGAAAAGGACUCGAGAAGGAUCUUCUACUUCAUGACUCUCAACUUCGGCUUCAUGGCCGUACAGGCGUUUUAUGGUUACGUCACCGACUCGCUCGGUUUGCUCAGCGACACGAUUCACAUGUUCUUCGACUGUUUUGCCCUCUUUGUUGGUCUUUGCGCCGCGGUUACGAGCAAAUGGGCUCAGAGCCAGCGAUUCCCUUUUGGGCUCGGGAAGAUCGAGACGCUGAGUGGUUUUGCCAACGGUAUCUUGCUGAUGCUCUUGAGCGUCGAGAUUAUCGUGGAGGCAUUUGAGCGAAUCUGGGAAGGUCAAGAACUCCACCGGCUGAGGGAGCUUCUAAUUGUCAGCUUCCUCGGCGGCGUUGUUAACCUCCUGGGCCUCUGGGGCUUCGGACACCAUCAUCACGGCCACGACCACGGCCACGGCCACUCGCAUUCACAUGACGAACAUGAUCACGGGCAUGAUCACUCGCACGGCAAGAAGCACAGCCACGGCCACUCGCAUCAUAACGACAACAUGGAGGGUAUUUUUCUGCAUGUUCUGGCCGAUACGAUGGGAAGCGCCUCGGUGGUGCUGUCGACAAUCUUGACGUACUACACGGGCUGGACGUUCUGGGACCCCUUGGCCUCGUGCGCUAUUGCGAUCCUCAUCUUCCUCGCAGCGAUUCCGCUCGUCAAGUCGUCCGCGCGCAACCUUCUCCUCAACAUCCCCGACGACACUGAGUACAAUCUGCGCAACACGCUCGCGGGCAUCUUGCAGCAAAAGGGCGUCGUCAACUACUCGGUGCCCAAGUUCUGGAUGGACAACCGGAGCAGCGAGGACUCUGGAGACAAGCUGCAAGGCAUCGUGCACGUAGUGGCGGGUAGAGGUGCGAGCUUGGAUGAAGUGCGGGAUCGCGUGCGCGAGCACCUCCUCAAAAACUCGAUGGACAUUGUAGUGCAGGUCGAAAGAGAAGGCGACGCCAGCUGCUGGUGCGGCGUGGGGCGGACGACGGGGUUGGCCACGACGCCCCUGAAGAGGGCAUUUUAG